AUGGUGUCUCUGUGGGGCUCGAGGAAAGACGACCCCGACAGUGCGGAGGCCCAAGGCCAAAAUGCAGAGAACGCCCACGACUUUGAGCAGAAUAGCGAGCAUCAGGAACCGACCGAGCGGACGAGUCUGCUUCCUCGUGAGGAAACCCAUAGGUUUCUGAGUCCAGACGACCCUGCAGUCUCACCCUACAAUUUAUGGAGCGUACGCGCCUUACGAGCCUUUUCACUCUGUGCGCUGGGUAUUAGCUUCGUUUGGUGGACUUUCCUUCUGGUCUCGAUCUUUGUCAGUCCUCCGUUGAUGCACGCCCGCGGGUCGGGCUUCUUCGCUUUCUCUUACACCACGCUUGCGGUCAUCUAUCUUGUGCUUGGCCUGCUGUUCUUCGCCGUCCCUUCGAAGCAGAUGACCAUUUGGGGCGGCAUAUUCUCUCUGAUUCUCCUGGUGAAUAUGAUCAUCAUCAUCUCCGUGCCACGAAUUCGACUCGAGGAAGGAUGGGUGGGUAUUGCCUCGGUCGUUUGGGCGGCGGUUGUAUCCAUGUAUCAAAUUGCCCAGAACAGAGCUGUGACAUGGGGAAAGCGGGAAGAAGAAGAGCGACUAACAGGCCGUGAAGAGACACGCCGUUCCCUGCGUGAAUGGAUGGCCGUCCUGUGCGAAAUGAUCAUACUGAUCAUCAUGGCCAUUGCUGUGGUCCUAUUCACCUCGACUUUGAUUCUCCGCGCUCGUGAUGCUUCACUCGAGCCUCGUGGUCGUCUGUACAGUGUUCACGGAAAUGCAUACAAUGUUCAUCUUGUCUGCAUUGGAAACCGCACGGCGAAUGACCCCGAUCAGCCGACGAUCCUACUCGAAGGGGGCGAAGGCCCCGUCGAGCAUACUUUGCAACCCUUCAUCGAUGACACUUACCAACACGGUGUCAUCAAUCGAUACUGCUACUGGGAUCGUCCAGGACUGGGGUGGUCGGACAAUGCGCCAUCCCCACACUCCGCAGGCAUGUCGGCAGACGUGCUGUCCGAGGCAUUGGCUCUGGCUGACGAAUCUGGGCCUUGGGUCGUCGUAUCCGCCGGCGUCGGCAGUAUAUACUCUCGCCUCUUUGCCAGUCGACACCUGCUCGAAGUGAGUGGUAUUUUCCUCAUCGAUCCUCUCCAUGAGUCGUAUCUUGACGACGUUGGCCAACCGGGCCGAGGCUUCGUGCUGUGGCUUCGCGGAAUCAUUUCCCCUCUGGGGCUGGACCGUCUUGCGGGUGCGAUAAUUCGUGGACGUACCAGAGAAGACAGAACUAUCGGACGUUCUGCUUACCAGACCGGCAAAUUCAUCAAGGCUAAGCUUCAGGAAAAUCUCGUGGCAGUCACGAUGACCGCCGCGGAAGUCCAGUCCGCCCGUCAUAUCCAGAUGGGUGAGACUCCGCUUGUAGUUGUGAGCUCUGGCCAGAAGAUUCUUCAGGACUCUCACUGGGCUGCGCGUCAAGAGGAUCUUUCUCAUAUUACGAACAAUCUCCUCUCAUGGGAUGUUGUCCAUGACGCACCACACGAAGUGUGGACCAACGGCGAAGGACGACAAGUCCUGGAGAAGCGCUUGCGCGAGAUGGUGGAUGCUAGCCGGGCACAUCGAUGA